GUGUGAGUUCAAAGGAUGGUAGCAGAGAAGAUGGUUUGAGUGGUUUAAGCAGCAAAGUCUCGACCACUGCUCCUCCGACACCUCGGUCCGAGGGAGAGAUCUUGAAAUCCUCGAAUUUGAAGAGCUUCACCUUUGCUGAACUUAAAACCGCUACGAGGAACUUUCGUCCGGAUAGUGUGGUGGGAGAAGGUGGUUUUGGUUCUGUAUUCAAGGGGUGGAUUGAUGAGCAGACACUUGUACCGGUUAAACCCGGUACUGGAAUGGUCAUUGCUGUGAAGAGGCAUAACCAAGAAGGUGGACAAGGACACAGUGAAUGGUUGACCGAGAUAAAUUACCUGGGGCAGCUGCGUCAUCCUAAUCUUGUGAAACUGGUUGGUUAUUGCUUGGAAGAUGAUCAAAGGCUUUUGGUGUAUGAGUUCUUGACCAAGUGUAGUUUGGAUAAUCACUUAUUUAGGAGGGCUUCUUAUGUUGAGCCGCUUCCUUGGAACAUUCGGAUAAAGGUUGCCGUUGAUGCUGCUAAGGGUCUGGAAUAUCUCCACAGCGACGAAGCAAAAGUGAUAUUCAGAGACUUCAAAACUUCUAAUAUAUUGCUUGAUUCGAAUUAUAAUGCGAAACUUUCUGAUUUCGGCUUGGCAAAGGAUGGACCAGCAGGUGAUAAGAGCCAUGUCUCUACAAGGGUGAUGGGCACAUAUGGUUAUGCUGCACCUGAAUACAUGGCCACAGGUCACUUGACCAAGAAGAGUGAUGUAUACAGCUUCGGAGUCGUUCUCCUAGAAAUCAUGUCCGGUAAGCGCGCCCUCGACAACAACAGGCCAUCCCGGGAGCAGAACUUGAUUGAAUGGGCCAAACCUUACCUCACCAGCAAGCGCAGGAUCUUCCAAGUCAUGGAUGCUCGAAUCGAAGGCCAAUACACACUGCGCGAGGUGAUGAAACUAGCUAACCUCGCCAUCAAAUGCCUAUCGGUCGAGCCGAGGUUUCGGCCGAAGAUGGAUGAGGUGGUGAGGACAUUGGAGCACCUGCAGGAUUCCGACGGAGAGGGAUGCUCUAGAGAUCAAGAUUUGAAAAGGAAUGGUCAUAGACAUAGCUCAGGAAACAGUGGCACUAAACAACAUAGAAGAAAACAUGAAACAGUUACAAACACCAUGCAAAAAGAAUGAGAUUAGUUGCCACUACUUAUGCUGUUGAGUUUGGUAUAUCAUUAAUUAAUUAAUUAAUUAAUUAUUGUAUAUGAUGAUGAACUUAAGCGUAUAUGAUAAAUCUGAUCGCUGUACAGGUUUUGAUUCAGUAAUAUUAUUAAUUCCCACAUUUCUUUCUCUUUUUA